AGGCGGCGUUCCGAGGCGCGGGGCAGGGGCGCCUGGGGAGCCGGGUGUCUACGGUAUCUGUGUCACUAGCGCGCCUUGCCGCCCUGGUGCAGGACACAGUCGCUAGCGAAACUGUAGAGGUUCAGUUUCUGAUGGCUAAAAAAAAUAAACAGUUGAAGUCCUCUUUAUGAAACCAAUCCUCGGUCAAGCGUAACUUUUGAUGUAUGGUCUCUAAAGCCCCCCACUAUGCCAGCAGCUACCGUAGAUCAUAGCCAAAGAAUCUGUGAAGUUUGGGCUUGUAACUUGGAUGAAGAGAUGAAGAAAAUUCGUCAGGUUAUACGGAAGUAUAACUAUGUAGCUAUGGACACGGAAUUUCCAGGAGUAGUUGCAAGGCCUAUUGGAGAAUUCAGAAGCAACGCAGACUAUCAGUACCAACUCUUACGCUGCAAUGUCGACUUGCUAAAAAUAAUUCAACUAGGACUGACGUUUAUGAAUGAGCAAGGAGAAUACCCUCCAGGAACUUCAACUUGGCAAUUUAAUUUUAAAUUUAACUUAACAGAAGAUAUGUAUGCUCAGGACUCUAUUGAACUGUUGACAACAUCUGGUAUCCAGUUUAAAAAGCACGAAGAAGAAGGAAUUGAGACACAGUACUUUGCAGAACUGCUCAUGACAUCUGGAGUUGUAUUGUGUGAAGGAGUCAAGUGGCUUUCCUUUCAUAGUGGAUAUGACUUUGGCUAUCUAAUCAAGAUCCUGACAAACUCCAAUUUACCUGAGGAAGAGCUGGACUUCUUUGAGAUACUGCGAUUGUUUUUCCCUGUCAUCUAUGAUGUAAAAUAUCUUAUGAAGAGUUGCAAAAAUCUGAAGCAGAGUGCAGGCCACAGUUUGCCUUCACCUGGAGGAACAUCCAGUACACCUGGGACUGAUUGCCCCAAGAGUGGGAACAAAGCCCUCAUCAUUUGCCGUGGACUGAUCCAGACUGCAGUAGAAAAGGGCGUGGCUCCAGAAGACUUGCAGUACAUAGAUGGCAUCGUUGUAUGGGGGAACAUGGCAGAGGAGGUUUUUGAGAAAGGGAAGAGAAUAAUCCAGAUUGACCUGAGGGCUGGUUUUGCCAUAAAGCAAAGUCAGGUCAAGGAAUCUACCCAGGAUAUUCAGAUUUUCAGGAGGAAAAUGGCAAGAUGGAUUUUGUUAGAUUCCAGUUGAUGUGGUCAACAACAUAGCAGCUAGAUCCCCACCAACCAGCAAGAAAGGAACACAGGCUUUCCUAGGUGCUGUGGGUUUUUGGAGGAUGCGCAUCUCAGAUUACAAUCAAAUUAUAAGUCCUCUACACCAAGUGACCCAGGAAAAGAAUGUUUUCAAGUGGGGUUCUGAACAACAACAAGCUUUUGAACAAAUCAAAUGGGAGAUUGUUCAUCCAGUAGCCCUUGGGCCAGUCUGGUGGCCAGGUGUGAAGUGUGUGCUCUUCGUGGCUGCUAGGGAGAAUGGCCUUCCUGUAGCCUCUGUCAGAAGAGACCUGUAGAGACUUGAGGUUGACCUCUGGGUUCUGGAGCUGGGGGUGCAAAGGAUCUGAGGCCUGCUUUGUCCCAGUUGAAGAGAAGAUCCUGGUAUUUUUAGAGGGGUUUGAGCUGCUGCAGAAGUGAUUGGCACCCAAGCACGGAUCCUUUUGGCACCCCAACUACCAGUGCUGGUCUGGGUGUUUGAAGGAAAAUCCCUUCCACACAUCAUGCCCCUGAUGUCAUGUGGAGUAAGUGGACUGUGCUGAUUUCAAAAAUAGCCUCAUAAACCUGGGCCAGAGAGCACGGUAUGAAGUGGGUGUAUCAUAUUCCCUAUCAUGCACCAGCCUCUGGGAAAAUUAGAUGGUACAAUGGACUGUUAAAAACAUGGAAAGGAAUUGGUGGUGGAACUUUCUAACAGUGGGUUCUCCAUUAAGCAGAGGCCAUCUGCUUAGUUAACACCUGAGGUUCUACCAAUAGAGCUGGCCUUGCCCAAUCAAAACCUUCACUUACCACAGAAGGGGAUAAAUCGCAGUUGUGCACAUGAGCAACAUGUUAGGGAAGACAGUUUGGAUUAGUCCUGCCUCAAGCAAAGGCUAACCCAUCUGUGAGAUUGUUUUUACUCAAGAGCCUGGGUACACAUUCCCCACAGAGGGGUAGGGAAAUAUGAUGAUGUGUACUUCAAGGGGAUUUGAUUUUUGGGUAAGAACAGUUUGUAAUGUUGGAUUGUAUAAUACUGGUUGCUGAAUGCCAGUGCCUCUGGAUGCCAUAACUGCUGUGGCCAACGAGUAUGGAGUGGUCCACAUAUGCCACUUGUGAUCUCCUGAUGCAGCCUGCAACGAGCUGACAGCACACCAGCCUUCCUUCCCUGGAAGACAUCUAGGAUAAAUAAAACCCACAGUAAUGGACUAAAUUAACAGACAUCUCAGAGGGAAGGCUAUUGAUUGUAGAAUUUAUACCUGUACUUGUGUGUGUGAAUAAUGUAUAUUGUUGGAUGUUACAAGAUUUGGAUGUGACAUGGAUAGUAUAGAAUAAGAACUGGAUAAUGUCCUGGUUCCAGCCAGAACAGAGUGAAUUUUUGCAGUAGCCAGGAUGAGUUCUGGAGUUGAUUAACAUGGAGGUUAUUCUGUGACACCUCACAUAAUUUUCUGGGCAUGGGGGAAGGGCUCAUUUCUGGGUCAGGGCAGUGUGGUGGAGGCAGUGAUCAGGUAUUGGUAGGUAUUUUUCUGCUGCUCAAGACAACCUAGUACUGCUGUUGCUAGUUUUAGUCUUUCUUGUUAGUUUGUAGGUGUUAUUUGGGAAUGUUAUUAUUGAAGCUUUCAUCUUUUUAAACAAAAACCAGGACCCAAACAUGUUGCCAUAAGAUUCACAGGAAUUUUCAUAAUGUUUGAUCUGAUUUUCAGCUGGGACUCCUUUGUAGCUCUCUGAGUUUUAAUUUUGACUGUUAUGCUUUUGCCUCUUAUUGCUUCACUUCCUGUAUGUGAAACAGGUUAAGAGUGCAUGGGAAGGUGAACUCUAGCAUUCUUUAUUUAAAAGCCUUGUUUCUGUGCAACAUUUUUGCCUUUCAAUGCUUAUGGCAGCACUAAAGGUUCUGUCUUUUUUUUUUUUUCUUUUUAAUCUUUCUAGAUCUUUAGGAAUGUGCAUGUGCCUUAGUCUUGCCAGUAGCUUUAUAGCUUACUGAAUUAAAAAAAGUCUUUGCACAAUCAUGUGCUCGCAGCAUUAAAAGAUUGCAGUUACAGUAUUACAAGUUUGUCCUUCAGCUGAUCAGUGUUUUCUGUGUAAAACCAAACCAAAUUUUGACAGCUUUGCUCUCACACAUAGAAGCUAUUACUGUUUUGGAGAGGACACUGAAAUGAUGUUUUAGUCACUUUGCAGUUAAGGGGAUAAUUUUUCACAUAAGCUUAUUGAAAAGAAAAUUUCCUUCAAAACUGGAGAAGUUUUAGAGAAGAGAGAUUUGCAGCUUUUGUGUGUUCUCUACAGCCUUGUAGUCUGUCCUUUUAAACCAUUGUAUCAACAGUAAUUUUAAAGGAAUUGUUAAAUAAUGACAUCUGGUUAGUGGAGAAGCUGGAACAUAAGGAGUACUAGUUUUGUUGGUUGCAGAUAGUACUUCAUUUAGUCAAUACUGACAGAGAAUAUUAAUACUGUUUGAUAUGGAAACUUUGAUUCUUCUGUUAUGCAUUUAUCUAGUAUAAUGACUGUUUCAGCUACUGUGCAGAUACUAAAAUAUGCCUGAGGUUGUAUGGCCUGUGUAACAGAUUUUCCCAAAUAUAACUGCUCCAUGUUCUAAUUUAACUUUUCAGCAUUUAACAAAAACGUUUUAUU